AUGGUAAGAGAGGGUAUUUGGCGGCAGUCAAUACUCGAAAGUCCAGUAUGCCCCAAAAGUGUUACUGCACUCAAGGGCCCUGACAUAGUUCAGGCCAUAAUCGCCACCGUUGCCGAGGCGGUGAUCACCCGCGAGCGACGCAGAAUUGCAAUGACGGUUAUCGCUUUUGAGCGACCAUUAGUAACAGCCCAGAACAUAAUCGAUAGGAAUCUGGCUGAGCUGGUUACGUUUAUUAAUGAAUUAACCACACGAACAGCACUCGCUGUAGAAGGACCCAAGGUCUGGGCAAGCACCCCGCAAAACUCACCUCCAAAGGCAAAGAAAAAGCCAAAGCAACAGAAACCAUCAAAGAAGAGUCCUCCGAAAAAGAAUUCAAAGAAGGUUUCAAACAAAAAAGCUUCCGUCCAAAGGAACAAGAAGAAAGUUGGAGCCAAACCUGGGGCCAAAUCCAAGAGAAAAAUCUCGAAAUAA